AUGUAUCAUCACGUAAUCGCCGACUUCCAGCUCGAGAAACGGCUCUGGGGAAGCGGAGACCCCGGCAGCGGUCCACGCUGGGCGUUUUUCGCCAUUUUGAUAGCUAUAGUAAUCAUAAUAGUGCUAGGCACAAUCUACGUUAAUCGCAAGCGCGCCAUGCGCGGAGUCAAGCCAGUGUACGGCACGCAAUGGAUGACCCCUCCCAAUUAUCGACAAUCACAAACUGCGUAUCAGCAGCCUAGUAAUCAUCCCGAUUUGCCUAGUGGAUACGUUCCCACAUACACAAAGACUGCGAACGAGAACGACUAUGAUAUGGGGUAUUAUGACGCGCAGGGGGUGUUCCAUCGUAACCCUAAUGCCAAGCUGAUGGUUCAACGUCCGCCUCUGGCGAAAGUGCGCGAUAGUGGCGGAAGCACGAGCGAUGGAGGCGAAGUAGUGCGAACAAGCAACGAAGGUGAAGCUGGAGGUGAAGCUGGAGACUUGGAGGAUAUUAGUCGACCUGCGGGACCACCGCCACCUCGAGCCGGCGAGCUGGCUGAAACUCGUGCAGGAGAAAAUACAAGGCGCGGGAACUGA